CCUGCGUGCGGCCCUCUCCACCCUAGCGCAGUCCCUGCAGCUCCGCCUGCGCCAAUCCUAGCCCGGGGUGUUCCGGGCCACGCUAAUCUUUGUCCUUGUCCCGGGGGUACCGCUCCCUCCCAGUCCGAGUCCAGCACCCCAGGCCCAAGGCCUUGGGAGCCCGCGCCCUGUGAGAAGGUGGUGCUUAAAGAACCCCGCAGCUCAGCGCCCCAACCCUGGGGCGCGGAGGUGGGCGGAGCCCAGCUUUGGCGCGCUGCGCGACGCUGAGAGGCCCCCGCGGCCCUGCCCGCCUCCCCCUAAGGAGACCCCCGAGGCGCCACGCCGCGGACGCUCUUCAAGUCUUCGAUUUUUUUAAAAAAAAAAAUGGCCUCCAAUAAAACUACAUUGCAAAAAAUGGGAAAGAAACAGAAUGGAAAGAGUAAAAAAGUUGAAGAGGCAGAGCCUGAAGAAUUUGUGGUAGAAAAAGUACUGGACCGGCGUGUAGUGAAUGGGAAGGUGGAGUAUUUCCUCAAGUGGAAGGGGUUCACAGAUGCUGAUAAUACUUGGGAACCAGAAGAAAAUUUAGAUUGUCCAGAAUUAAUUGAAGCAUUUCUUAAUUCUCAAAAAGCUGGUAAAGAAAAAGAUGGUACAAAAAGGAAAUCUUUAUCUGACAGUGAAUCUGAUGAUAGCAAAUCGAAGAAGAAAAGAGAUGCUGCCGACAAACCAAGGGGUUUUGCCAGAGGUCUUGAUCCUGAACGAAUAAUCGGUGCCACAGACAGCAGUGGAGAAUUAAUGUUUCUUAUGAAAUGGAAGGACUCAGAUGAGGCGGACUUGGUGCUGGCAAAGGAGGCGAAUAUGAAGUGUCCUCAGAUUGUCAUCGCCUUUUAUGAGGAAAGGCUGACUUGGCAUUCUUGUCCAGAAGACGAGGCUCAAUAAUUGUUUGCAUUUUUAUAUAUAUUUAUAUAUAUAUAAAAUCUGGAUCUUGAGUUUUGAAUUACUAGUGUGGAAAAAAUAGCGUUCUAAUGAAAAUCGAGUUUGAUAUGCUGGUUUUGAAAGUAUUGACAGUAGUUGGGAUAUUUUUGGUUUUUGUUCUGCAUCAAAAGGCACUGAUUCCUUUGAGCAAAUAAAAGCUUUCUGUAGUUGCUUCUUUUAACAGUAGAAUGUUUGAUACCGUGUUGUAUUUCCUCGGCUUUGAAGAACAGCUUUUCUUAAAUGCUGGGGAGAUUUUACAGUCAUUACUCAAUCAGAACUUAUUUUUAACUGGGACACAGAAGGACCAUUCUGGGUUU